AUGGAAGGUGGACACAUUACAAAUGAAGAGGCAGGCAGCAAUGAUAGUGAUAGUGUUGUGAGUGUAAAACAUGAACCUUGGUUCUUGUAUUGGCUACAAAAAAAUGUGGCAACGAUUAAAGCAAAUUUAUGGUUAAAAAUAAAAAGGAGUAGAGUUGAUAAAAUUUUGCAUCUAGUUGAUCCAAAUGCUAUUGAAGAGAGAUCUCGUCGACGUUUGAUACGGCGUAAGUACACAGUUCCAGGACCUAAUUUUCUAUGGCAUAUUGAUGGCUACGAUAAAUUAAAGCCCUUUGGCUUUGCCAUUCACGGAUGCAUCGAUGGAUUUUCCAGAAAAAUUGUAUGGUUGGACGUUGCAACAUCUAACAAUAAACCGGAAAUUAUUGCAUAUUAUUAUUUAACAACAGUACAGAAAUUGAAACUAGUUCCAACUUUAAUACGGUCAGAUUUAGGAACAGAAAAUUGUCUAGUUGAAGCCCUUCAGCAAAGUUUACGAUUUUAUCAUGAUGAUAGUCUAUCAGGUUGGAAGAGCUUCAUCAAAGGUAAAAGCACGUCUAAUCAGCGGAUAGAGAGUUAUUGGUCUCAGCUUAGGCGUCAUGGUUUGGAUUUUUGGAUUAAUUUAUUUAAAGACUUACGUGAAAGAGGUCUUUACAAUGAUUCAUCUAUGAUAAAUGUCGAGUGUUUACGAUUUUGCUUUGGGCACUUAAUUAGAGCUGAAUUGGAAACAAUUCGCCGUGAGUGGAAUCGACAUAGAAUAAGAAAACAAAAAAAUCGUCGUAUAGCUUCGGGAAAACCAAAAUGUUUAUAUUACCUUCCUGAAGCUAUUGGGGCCAAAGAUUACAUGAAACCACUCAAUGAGGAUGCAAUUGAUAUUCUGAAACAAGACUACACCUUGAAGCCUAAACUCUACAAUGAAAUAUUUUGUCGAUUAGUCAAAGUAUUGAUACCUGAUAUACAAGUACCUCUGAAUGUUGAAGAAAGUAUUGAGCUUUAUUUAAAAAUUUUAAAUUUAUUAAAAGUUUAUACAUAG